AUGUUACUCUAAUGGGUUGAUUGAGGGAAACCUUGUGAUUUUUCGUUUUUAUGUAGAUCAGAAUCAGAGCAGGAUGCAACAAACGAGCUCCGAAUCUUACCGGAGCUGGAACAGAUAAGGAGAGUAAUGGCGAUGAAUCUAAUGACUUGCAAAGUUUAAUCAAACGACGCCGUGUGAACCUCUAGUGGCUAUAUCUGUAGCUGCGUGCCUUCUUCCCACCGGGCCGCAGUUCAGUGCGAGUCUUCAACUGGUUUCUUCUCAACAGUGCAUAUCGUUCUUUGAUGAUGUCAAGCAGCAAUAUGGGGCUGCGUUUUUUGUCAUACCCACAAAGGAAUCUGCUUAUGAAGCUCUCAUCUAUGCCCUCAGUGGCUGCAAUUGCCAGCUUCGGAACUAUCAAAAGGGCUAUGGCUUGCAGGCGUGUUCGUUGUCAUUUGAACUUGGAUGAUUCCAGCAGCAAGAAGAGGCAGCUGGAAAGGGUUUGUUCCGCCAAUUCAAAUGGGAAAUUUAGCAAUAAAGAGUUCAUUAGUGUUGACUCACGGCUUUAUGAGUAUAUCCUCUCCAAUGUUCGAGAGCCUGAGAUCUUGGGGCAACUUCGUGAGGAGACCGCCUCAUUGCGUGGUAGCAAAAUGCAGGUAUCGCCUGAUCAAGCACAACUUCUUGCAAUGCUUGUUCAAAUUCUCGGUGCAAAGCGGUGCAUCGAAGUGGGUGUUUACACUGGAUAUUCAUCUCUGGCCGUAGCGUUAGUCCUUCCAGAAUCAGGGCGCUUAGUUGCCUGUGAAAGGGAUGCUAUAUAUCUCGAUGUUGCUAGAAAAUAUUAUGAACUUGCCGGUGUUUCUCACAAGGUGGAUGUGAGACAUGGGCUUGCAGCAGAUACACUCAAAUCACUUAUUGCAAAUGGUGAAGCUGGCAGUUAUGAUUUUGCGUUCAUCGAUGCCGAGAAGAGGAUGAACGAGGAGUACUUCGAACUGCUACUGCAACUGGUGAGAGUUGGAGGUAUAAUUGUGAUUGAUAAUGUCCUUUGGUAUGGAAAAGUAGCUGACCCAACGGUAAAUGACAAGCAGACUGAUAGCAUUAGGAGAUUGAAUAAAAAGAUAAUGGAAGACGAUCGAGUCGGGAUUAGUAUAGUACCCAUUGGCGAUGGCAUGACAAUUUGCCAGAAGAGAUGAAUGGUGUCUGCUGAAUUUGAGGGCGUAGCACUAGGCAAAGCAGUGCAUAAAUGAAUUUGAGUUCACUUUUGUGGAUAAAUAUUUUAUUUUCCUUUUGUGAAUGUAUUUCUGUAGGAUGUUGGAAUAUAAUGCCAUGUGGUAUGAUAAUAUCU